AUGUCUUUAAAGCUGAAAAUAAUGGUGAUGAUCACACUUGGAGGAGGUUCAAGUUCUGGUUUAAGCUCAAGUAAGGUGUUGAGCCGAUUGAUGAGCGGAUGUGGGAGUUCAUCUCGUCGGAGAUCCCUACGUGUGGAGACCCUUUGCAAGUUUAUUAAUGCUGCUGAAGUCAAUAGCAAUCAUCCAUUGGUCUCGGUUCGCAUUGCAGCCUCCUGGGCUUUAGCUAAUUUAUGUGAUUCUGUUCGCCACUGUAUUGACCGAUUUACCCCCUCAAGCUCUUCUGUAGAUUUAAAGGAUUGCACCAAAAUGGUGUCUCUGUUAAUUGAUUGUUCUUUACGGCUUACAAGAGAUGGUGAUAAGAUCAAAGCAAAUGCUGUAAGAGCCCUUGGAAAUCUUUCAAGAUUUGUUCCAUGUUCAACUCAAGAUUUCCAUAUUUAUGUAGAAACUGAAAGAUGUCUGACAUCAACUUCAUUUCUACAACUAAUGUGGGAAGAUUUCUCCUGGUUGGAAAGAAUGGUGCAUGCAUUUCUUUCUUGUGUUCCAUGUUCAAUUGUUUUUUAUAUAUCAAAGCAUUCUAGAUUUUAGGCAUAAACCUUAGAAAUGCUUCAACUGUAUUGAGAUAACGAACAAUUUUUUUUUUGCAUCAA